AUAUCUUACACUGUCAUCUAGCCAUCAGUGUGAUCAGUGCAGGGGAGAGGAGAGAUAAGUAUUGUACAAUGAGGUGAGAAGUCUUCGCAACAGCUCCUCCUCCUCACCUUGUUCGCGGACCAAUCACCUCAGAUGAUAGAUGUUUUAUUAAUCCCACAUCUCUGAAAGAUGUGGGAUAACGUGGACACGAGUGAGCACAAGGAACAAGGGGAAGGACUGACAGAAGAAAAGAAGUGUGAGGAUCACAGGAAUGAAGUACCCAACUGUUGCUCAGAGUAAAUCUCUAUUAGAUAUGGAAGUUGCCAACUACUGUGACUGUCUGGAUCCUUCAUACAACACACUGGGCUUUGACAAUGACGAUGUACUUUAUGGAGGAGGAGAGAGCAUGCCAACUGAAUCAAGCCUGCCAUGUCCGGAUGGGGCCAACAGUAACUGUGCCAUCUGCGGAGACAAAGCCACAGGGAAACACUACGGCGCCUCCAGCUGUGACGGCUGCAAAGGUUUCUUUCGGCGCUCCAUACGCAAGAGCCACAUCUACACUUGCAGGUUUAGCAGGCAGUGCGUCGUCGACAAAGAUAAGAGGAACCAGUGUCGUUUCUGCAGACUCAACAAAUGCUUCCGAGCUGGCAUGAAAAAAGAAGCUGUGCAAAAUGAGAGAGAUCGGAUCAGCUCUCGAAGAAGUGUUCCCGACAAUCAAGACCUCCCACCCAUCACAGUUUUGGCCCAAGCUGAAUCCAUAUCUCAACAGAUCAGCGCUCCGGUUGGAAUAGCAGCUCAAAGAGAGCAGAAAUCCGCCACUGUUGCCGAUGUGUGCGAUUCGAUGAGACAGCAACUACUGGUUUUGGUGGAAUGGGCCAAAUACAUUCCAUCCUUUGGAGAACUACCGCUGGAUGACCAGGUGAGCUUGCUCAGGGCACAUGCAGGCGAGCACCUCUUGCUGGGAGUGGCCAAAAGGUCGAUACCAUUCAAGGACUUCCUGCUUUUAGGUAAUGGCUGUGUGAUACACAGGAACAGUCCGGAACCUGAGCUCUGCCGGGUGGCAAACAGAGUUCUGGAUGAGCUGGUCCAACCUUUCCAGGAUAUUCAAAUCGAUGACAAUGAAUACGCUGCACUCAAGGCCAUUGUCUUUUUUGACCCUGAUGCAAAGUCUUUGCGGGACCCUUCCAAAAUCAAAGCCACACGUUUGCAGGUUCAGAUGAGUCUGGAAGACUACAUUAAUGACCGCCAGUAUGACUCGCGGGGUCGUUUUGGGGAGCUGCUACUCCUUCUGCCCACUCUGCAAAGCAUCACCUGGCAAAUGAUCGAACAACUCCAGUUCAUUAAGCUGUGCGGUCUCGCCAAGAUCGACAACCUGCUGCAAGAGAUGUUGCUGGGAGGCCUGACGUCGGACAACACCCACUUUCACCAUCCAGCACACGCCCAGCUAACCCAGGACCCUGUAACUGGACACACUCUGCUCAUCAGUACCAUGCCUGUGGCACACACCCAACAGAUAGCCUCUCCAGACACCCCCAUCCCAUCACCUCCUCAAGGUCAAGCCCCUGAGAUGUACAAACACUUUCCCCAGCCCGUUUGUCCUCCAACCAGUCCUUCACCUUCUGUACGGACAGACCCCUGACAUGGGAUCACUGUUUUCUAUUACAUCAUGCCUUUGCUCUCAAUCAUAGUGGACAAAAAAAAAAAU